CACCCACCUCAUCUUCAUCUCACUGUCUUUGAUCCUUCUUUCCUCCUCUUUGUUGUUGACAACCCUAAUUGUAAUGGCCUUUCCAUCUUCUUCUAAGUUGCUCUUUUUCUCAUUUUCCCUCUCACUCUUCACCUCUUUGGCUUUUGCUCGUGAAUUCUCCAUCGUAGGCUAUUCGCCCGAUGACUUGAAAUCCAUAGAUGGACUAAUUAAUCUCUUUGAAUCAUGGAUGGCCAAACAUGGCAAAGCUUACAAAAGUCUAGAAGACAAGUUGCAUAGGUUUGAGCUGUUCAAGGAUAAUUUGAAGCACAUUGAUGAGAGGAACAAGAAUAUUGUGAACUACUGGCUUGGACUGAAUGAGUUUGCAGAUUUGAGCCAUGAAGAGUUCAAAAAGACGUAUCUUGGGCUCAAGGUUGAGUUGCCUAAAAACAGAGGGUCCUUUGAAGAAUUCACUUACAGAGAUGUUGUGGAUUUGCCAAAGUCUGUGGACUGGAGAAAAAAUGGAGCUGUCACUGCAGUCAAGAACCAAGGUUCAUGUGGGAGUUGCUGGGCAUUUUCAACAGUGGCUGCAGUUGAGGGCAUAAACCAGAUAACCACCGGAAAUUUAACAUCUCUUUCAGAGCAACAGCUUAUUGACUGCGACACUACCCAAAACCAUGGCUGCAACGGUGGUCUCAUGGAUUACGCUUUUGAAUUCAUUAUGGCUAAUGGUGGCCUUCGCAAGGAGGAUGACUACCCUUACCUCAUGGAGGAAGGCACUUGUGAAGAUAAGAAGAAGGGACAAUCAGAGGUGGUGACCAUUAGUGGGUACCAUGAUGUGCCGGAGAACAAUGAAGGGAGCCUCUUGAAGGCACUUGCAAAUCAGCCUCUCAGUGUCGCCAUUGAGGCUUCUGGCAGAGAUUUCCAAUUUUACAGUGGGGGUGUGUUUGACGGGCACUGUGGAACCGAGCUGGACCCAUGGAGUGACAGCCGUUGGAUAUGGAUCGGCCAAGGGAUUGGAUUACAUAAUAGUGAAGAAUUCAUGGGGACCAAAAUGGGGAGAGAAAGGAUACAUAAGGAUGAAGAGAAACACAGGAAAAGCUGAGGGGAUAUGUGGUAUCAACAAAAUGGCUUCUUAUCCUACUAAAACUAAAAAGUGAUGUUAUUGAUGUUGUUGGUGGUUGUUGUUUUGGUGUUUUCGUUUUCCCUCUCUGUUGUUUUAUUCGCCUUUUCAAAAUUAGAUUGUAAUCUGAAGGCAUUAUCAUUAUUUUAAUAUGCGUAUUUCUGCAUGCAUCUUAUCUUUUUAAGUAAAUCUCAAUAGAAUAAACAAGGACCAAAGUUAUAUGAAA